CAAAAUGGCAUCAGCUCUGAAUUGGUUUCCAGAUUCUCUUUAUAAUUCAUGUAUUUUUGUAGUCGUGUCACAUUAUGGAAUAUUUCAGAAGGAUCUCCGUAUAUGUCCAAAGAGCCUACAGUUUGAUGUUUACUAUAAAUUAUAUUCUCAAGGUCUACUUUGCCAGCUGGGAUUUGAAUUCUAUCACCUCGAAAUAUUUGAGCGACUUCUCACAAUGAAAGGCAAGCGACACCUACUUCAUCAUUGCUUCCAAGUCUUAAUGGAUCAUGGAGCCCAAACAGCUUUCCAAUUAGCAAAAGCUUACAGUCAGCGCUGUGCUGUUACACUCACUGCCUCUGAAGACCAAAGGUUUAACACUAUUAAACUUGGUCUUUCAUUAGGAGGAUUCCUGAGUGAUGCUGGUUGGUUUCCUGAGAGUGAAAGAGUCAUUGUAUCAUGUUUAAAACUUUGUAAAGAGAAAGAUGAUACAAAACAUUGGGUUAUGGCCUUGGCUGCUUAUCUUCGACUACUUCAUGUUCGUAAUACAUACUGCAAAUUUAAAGAAGCUGAAGAGACUCAUGUUGAGGCCCAGAAAUACAUUCUUGCACUAAAGGCUAGUGAUCAACCAGUUAACCUUGCAGGGAUAUAUGCACAGUUUUCUGUUCUUUUUUUUGUUGCAGUAAUUACAGCUUACAUGUGGAGUCUCCAAGCUAUAAAAGAACUCCAUUCAGGGUUGUCUCCAAAGACAAUUGUUGAUGUUCUUCGACAGGCUGCAAAAACCUGUGUUGUGAAACGGGAGUUUAGAAAAGCAGAAUUUCUAAUCAAACAAGCCCUUCGUACAGCCCGGGUAAAUUUUGACCAUAAACACCCUAAAGUUGCUGAAACCCUUCUAGACUAUGGGUUUUAUCUGCUAAAUGUAGACUCGAUCAACAAGUCAGUCAAAGUGUACCAGAGUCUACUGAUGAAAAAGCCAUUUAUACAACUUUUCUUGCAGUAA